AUUACACUCUCUGUCAUAUCUAACAGUCUUGCUUUCAUUUUGCACUAUUGCUGUCCUCUAUAUCAGCGCUGAAUUCUGCAACAUAUUUCUUCAAUUGGAUACUAGACAAUAAUAAUGAUCGUCACAGAGGAGAAGAAACUACCUUUGGCCCCAGACACACCGCUCGCUCCUCAGGGCGCCAACAAUCCCUUCACGCCUGCUGCAGCUUCCUCCUCCGAAGCACCGCAAGAUGGUGCUCCUCCUCCAUACGAGCACUCCGAAUCCGCCUUCACUGGCACGAUCAGCACCGCUUCUUCCUCCGCUGCCCCAGGCUCCAGCACCGUCGCUCCCGGCACACCAGUCGCCGACCGGGACUCCAGGCUAGACAUGCUCUCCGGGGACCCGGAUGACUACUCUACCGGUCCAUCCGUUCUCCCCCCACACCACGAAGAUCCCAUUCCCCCCGGUCUUCCCAAGCAGAACAAGCUACGCGUGCACAAGGAUAACCACAGUAUCAAGGACGUCUUCGUUAUCGAUGCCAACCUCCCCGCGCCGCCCGGGAGUCCUGAGAGAGCUCUCGACUUGUUCAGCAGCAAUGGGAGUGUGUACGCCAAGGUGUAUCUUAUCGGCUAUGAUUUGAAACGGAGGGUGGAGCUUGCUGCCAAGAGCAAGAACGGGAGUGUCAAAUUCUUAAUCGCCGAAUGCCCACGUACGAUGCCCAUCUCGGUCAACUGCGAGUCGCACAACGGCUCCGUCACUGUCCUGCUCCCGCCCAAAUUCACGGGCCCGCUCCAGAUCUCGCACAAGAACGGGAGCGUCACACUCUUCCCUUCGCUCAAAGCGCGCACACGCACGCUCGACGAGAGCAGCACGACACGCCGCUGCUGGGUGGGCGAAUGGCCCGGGGAGACCGAGUGGGACGGGGAUGAGUGCAUCGUUGGGAGCUUGAACGGUAGCGUGAGGAUCGGAUUCUGGGAAGGAGAGCCGUUGGAGAAGCCAGCUGGAUUCUUUAAGCGCCUAUUUGGAUGAGGAUUGCCACUGGUGAUUCCACUAUAUGCCAUAGUUUGUUCUUGUAUUCUGUGCGAUGAAUGACUCCCUCUCAGGCGUCCCCACGACGACUGUUUAUGAUUGGUUUAUGCCCCUACUUCAUGAUUAGAGCAAAGCUACAGGAAGGGAAACCAAAGGCCAAAAAGAAACCUGACAAGACCA